AACUUGAGUGUGUAUAUUUUUUAAAUGGAUCUUUAUACAAGUCAGUUUUUCAUCAACAUUUAAUUGAUAUAUUGCUUCAAAAUUAAUUUGAAAUUAAAUUUUGAGGAUUUGAAACAUAGUCAAUAACAGUUAGUUCUAGCUUUUUUCUAAAAAUUGCUCACAAAUCCCCCCAAAUUUUUAUUACAUUUUCUGAUACAUAUUGAUGUCUUUAUGACAUGUAGAAAUUUUGAGCCAAUUCCGACUACUAAAUUUAUAGCCAUGCUAAUUUCUGAAAAUACACUGUGUGUAGGUCAAGAUGUAGAUCUGUAUAGUCCAUACUUUGUAAUUUCAAAACCUUUGCUUUAAUUAAUUGUUAUAAAUUAUAUUACUUUUGGUUUCAUUCUUCCCAUAAUCACAGACUGGUCAAAGUAUAUAAUAUUAUCAAUCAUUCCAGAGGAUGUAGUUCUAUCAUAUUGAGUGACACAACCAGUAAAAUGGCGACUGCAUUCUUUCUCUCUAUCAACCAAAACUUUAUGAUUAUUGCCUUUAUUUAAACUAAUUCAAUUCUUCCAACGAAUUAAUUUUUUCUUGAAAGUUUCAUUGCAUACCGUAGACUAAUAGUCUACAGUACAUUUUAUCAUAGAUAUCUAUGUUCUACAUAGUAUAUUUAUGAUUUUAUUUUGCAAUGAAUACUUAGCACGCAUAUCCUAUGAUUAUAUGACUGGGCAUUCGGUAACUGGCUAGUUUUAAUGAAAGACAAAAAUGGCUCACUAUACAGAGAUGACAGAGCUCCUUUCCAGUGCAAAGUACCUAAAGGAGAACUCUUAGUUGAAGACAUUAUGACUGGACAUUAAGCAACUUUAAACUCCCUAGCAAUAUAUCUUUAAAAGCAUGAUUAUUCUGGCCCCUACCCACCAAUGAUAUAUCAGAACAUCAUCCCAACUACUCCCGGGAUUUGUGAACUAGUAGUUCACAAACCUCUGGAGUGGUGAAUUAGUGUAAGCAUACUGAGAUAUUUAUGGUGUAAGAAAACAAAUAACUGAUUAAGUAUUUUAUACGUUAUGCGUAUUAUACGACAAUCUAUGACCACGCCUUGCAAAAUUAUAGAUAUUUAUGACCGCAUAACAUCGCUGAGUGCACAGUGCAAUCAUAAUCGUGUAAUUAAUUUCUUAAUGAUGGCUGCUAUUCAAGAGAAAGCUCGUCAGCUAUACAGAGAGAUUGCACAGAUACCAGUUGCUACUGGAGGUCGUAUAUUCCGCUCAGGGGAUGGGCUGUACGAGGUUAAAGUAAAAUGGAGUCAAAAAGAUCUUAAAAGAGGACUUACAGUUACUUUUGACAAGUCUUACCUGGUCCGCAGAGACCCUGGCACUAAGAAACUCUCUCUAUUCAAUAGCAGCAACUUCCAACACGAUGCUACAUCAGUUUUGUUAGAAAGUUAUUCCACUUGUGGGAAGUUCAGAGCUGUACUCAUGAAAGGAAAGUCGUCAAAGAUGGAGUCUGGGGCUGAACCACAGCAGUUUAUAGAAAUCUGGGACUCAAAUAGUUUGAUAAAGAGUUUCAAUGUCAAGGAGCAGUUGGGAAAGAAACAUGGCAAAAUUAAUGUUGAUGAUCAAUUCUCAAGCUUCCAGUUGUCCUCUGAUGGCUCAAAACUGCUCUAUGUCGCUGAGAAGAAGGUCCCAGACAGCAUUUCAUACUUUAAGAAGAACAAUGGAGAUGAAGACAAAGGAUCUGAACCUAAGGAAAUGGGCACUGAAUAUGUAUACCGCCAGAGCUGGGGAGAGCAGUUGACAACAGUCAUUAAUCCUAUCAUUGUUGUAUUGGAUAUUAAGACUGAGGAAUGCACUGUUAUUGAUUCUCCUUCUAAUUACUCGUGUGGGCGGGCUAGAUGGGUACCUGAUUCCACUAAAGAGCUGGUUUAUGUUGGCUACAAUAAUGAACCACUUAAACUUGGUUUGCUGUACUGCAAUAGAAAGUCAACUCUCUUUUGUGCCAAUGUUGAUACUAAUGUGUCAAGUAAGAUUAUAAUUAUUAAUGAUAUGACCCACCUCCACUGUCACAUGACAUCUAUUAUAUUAAUUAUCAUGUGAUGUGUUAGUGGGUUAAAUACAACCAGUUCUAUACUAUAAAGGGACAUUUUGGCUUUUGUCAUGUAACAUUUCCAAUUUUCCAUA